AUGCGCGACGACAAUUGCUAUUCCAUACGCAUAGCGAACAAGUAUAACAUGCGCGACGACCAUUGCUAUUCCAUACGCAUAGCGAACAAGUAUAAUAUGCGCGACGACCAUAGCUAUUCCAUACGCAUAGCGAACAAGUAUAACAUGCGCGACGACCAUGGCUAUUCCAUCUACCUAGCGAACAAGUAUAACAUGCGCGACGACCAUGGCUAUUCCAUACGCAUAGCGAACAAGUAUAACAUGCGCGACGACCAUGGCUAUUCCAUACGCAUAGCGAACAAGUAUAACAUGCGCGACGACCAUUGCUAUUCCAUACGCAUAGCGAACAAGUAUAACAUGCGCGACGACCAUGGCUAUUCCAUACGCAUAGCGAACAAGUAUAACAUGCGCGACGACAAUUGCUAUUCCAUACACAUAGCGAACAAGAAUAACAUGCGCGACGACAAUUGCUAUUCCAUACACAAAGCGAACAAGUAUAACAAUUGCUAUUCCAUACGCAUAGCGAACAAGUAUAACAUGCGCGACGACCAUUGCUAUUCCAUACGCAUAGCGAACAAGUAUAAUAUGCGUGACGACCAUUGCUAUUCCAUACGCAUAGCGAACAAGUAUAACAUGCGCGACGACCAUGGCUAUUCCAUCUACAUAGCGAACAAGUAUAACAUGCGCGACGACUAUUGCUAUUCCAUACGCAUAGCGAACAAGUAUAACAUGCGCGACGACCAUUGCUAUUCCAUACGCAUAGCGAACAAGUAUAACAUGCGCGACGACCAUUGCUAUUCCAUACACAUAGCGAACAAGUAUAACAUGCGCGACGACCAUUGCUAUUCCAUACGCAUAGCGAACAAGUAUAACAUGCGCGACGACAAUUGCUAUUCCAUACGCAUAGCGAACAAGAAUAACAUGCGCGACGACAAUUGCUAUUCCAUACACAAAGCGAACAAGUAUAACAUGCGCGACGACAAUUGCUAUUCCAUACACAUAGCGAACAAGUAUAACAUGCGCGACGACUAUUUCUAUUCCAUACACAAAGCGAACAAGUAUAACAUGCGCGACGACAAUUGCUAUUCCAUACACAUAGCGAACAAGUAUAACAUGCGUGGCGACAAAAGCUAUUCCAUACACAUAGCGAACAAGUAUAACAUGCGCGACGACCAUUGCUAUUCCAUACGCAUAGCGAACAAGUAUAACAUGCGCGACGACCAUAGCUAG